AUGGGGGUGAAAAGUGCUUUAGAUUGGUGUUUAAUAAGUUUGAUGUGGAUGAUGUCUACUACAGCUCGCCCUGGUUUAUUUACGUGGAGAAGCACUCGGAGCUCUUCUCAAAGUCUAUAUUCACCAGGUCAGCUGAGUCUGCAGAGUCGCCAUUUGAACCAACUCACAGAACUCCACGAGAAUAAUAAGCUGAAAUCAGUUAAUUUGGAAAUAUCUGACAAACUUAACAAUUUGGGAUUUCUACCUCAUAACUUCUAUUACCUUCUCACAUCAGGAUCCAUACAAUUUAAUCAAUUUUCAACCAACGAAAGUGAGGAGACUACAAAUAAUGGUAGUAGUGAUAAGAAUAUGAGUAGAUUGAGUUUAAGUGUGUGUAGAGAAAGUUUAAUGUGUGGCACUGAAAUUAGUAAUUUAUUAUUCACUUGUGAUAGUUCUGGCCAUUUGCAUAUUAUCGACUACAACUUACUACUGAACGCUGAUGAAGAUAGACAGGAAGAAGAAUUGUUCCAGAAUCACAUGUUUAUACCUAAAAAUUGUACUAAUUUAGAUCAGGGAAGACAUUUUACCACUUUCGUAACUUUAUAUUUAUUUUUACACUAUUGUUAUUUGGUUUUUACUUGUAUAAUGUUACAUAGAGUAGUUAAUUACAGUAAAUUGCAUGAAGAUGGUAUAAUGUGUAUUGAUAAUGAAGGUGAUAAUGUUGUUACCGGCUCACUAGAUGAAACUGUACGUCUAUUUCAAAUCACCAACACAGAUCUUAGGGAAAUUAUGAUAUUUGAUGAAUCUAGCCCAAUAGUGUCGCUCUGUUUUAGAAAUGACUUGAUGUUAGCUGGUGUGAUUAGCGGAAGUUUGAGCUUAUAUGAUGUUAGAACACCAAACACACCCAUUUGGUCAUAUGAGCCCACGACUGAACGAGUUAUACUUUCAUGUGGGAUCAGUAACCAUUUUAUCCAGGCGGUUUCAAAGUGCCUUGAUCCCAUCCUCUUCUGGGACAUUCGCAUGCUAAACUCCCUCGGCUCAUGUGAUUCCUUCAUGAAACAAAUUCAGACCAACGUCUUACCACUUUCUUCGUAUUCUGACUUGGCUGAUUUCAUCUCAAUUACGUACAAUUCAGAUGCUAGUGUUGUGGGCAGUAAGUUGGAAAUGUAUGGUUUGAAUAAAAGGACGAGAAUAAUGAGCAUGGGCCUGAACAUAACUAAUCCCACAAUGACAAGGGUUAACACUAAUUCUGAUGAUCAAAUUAAAGCCAUUAUCGCCAACAAUAAAGGCCAAUCCAUCGCAUUAUAUUCCUAA